UUACUUACUUUUUACUCUAUUUGCACCCCCCUACUUUUUCAUCCAAACAACAAUUUACCCCUCCACUUACACCCUCCACCAAGUUGCACCCCCCAACAAUUUACCCCUCAACUUGUACCCCCCUCGAACUUGCACCCCCCUUGUUGCCAAACAUAGUGUAAGAGAUUUGCGAUUCCGGAGUUCAGACUUCAGACCCAGACGCAGAGGGACAGUGUUUGUGGUGCUGGCGAAAUUUGUGUAACAAAGCGAGUUCGCCACUGGUAUACCAACCGGAAACGGGUAUUUUGGUAAUAACCCAAAUCCGUCCUUUUUUUAGAGUUAUCGAUGUUCAACUACUCGUUAUAUUUGUUACGAGAUGGGUUUUGGUAUUAAAAAUCUCAACUUCGGGUACCCUUAAGUUACCCGCUAAUACCCAUUUGGGUAGUUUCGGUACUUGUAUUACCCAUUAGAAUUAUUAAAUUUAUUUAGCCCAAAUCUAAAAUCCAGCUCAAGCCCAGUCGUAGUCCAGCCCAUUUCCUAAACUUUAGUAGGCCGUCAGGCCCUCUCUCUUACCUCUCCCCUCACUCGGCCCUCGGGGACUACUCUCCCCUCCAAUCGGAAGUCUUGUGUCUCGACUUGCUGCAGUUGCUGCCUGCUGCUCUCCAUCGAACUCGCCAACUCGGAAGGAGGCAGAAUGCAAUAGUGUAGACAUUCCAUACAUAGUUUCAGAGCAAGAAUGUUGCUUUGCCCUGAGCCCGACGACGACAACUCUCCCUGACUCCUUGAUUCGGGCCUAAUUGCACAUGUUUUGCCCUCGUUUUACUUAGGCGUUUGUGCCAAAUUCACUCCUUAAGGUUGGUUUUAUGCUAGGUUCUUCGUGUUCGAGUGUGUUUCAGGAUUCAGCAGAUGAAACACGCCUCGGAGUUGAAAGAUUGGCGAAAAGGAUCGAAAACCGGGAGAAGAGGUGAAAAAGAGCCAGUUCACGGCUAACAAAGGGAGUUCACGGUCUUGCAUUACCGUGAAGAAGAGGAGUGGACCAUGAAUUGCGAGGCGUCCAGAGCCAAAGUGAAGGUUAGUGACGCAAGGUGAGUUCACGGUCACUAAGACCGUGAACAAAGGCAGUUGACCAUGAACUCGAGUGAACGAUGCGGCGUGUUUUGGCGCACGCCUGCAGUUCACGGAUGCGUUUCAUGGUUCAUGGCCGUGAACUCAGGCCAUGAACUAAGCUUAUCUCUAGUUUAAAAGAUGAGCUUAAAGGAGGAGAGAGAGAGAGAGAGGAGAGCCCAUUUGGUGGAAAAGCCUUCUUCUACAUUCUAGAGAGAGAAACACGGACCGAAAGGAGAAGAAGGCUAGGGUUUAGCUUCAAGACAUAUUCUGGGAAGAUUUCAUCCAAGGAAAGCUCAAAUCAAGGGCCAAGAAGACUGGUAGCAUCCUUCAAAGAUGGUUUACAUCUCUUUCCCUUUUCUUUUCCCCACUUCUAGCAUGGAGUAGACAUGCUUUCACUUGGGUGUUGUGAAACCCUAACUCUACCAUGUAGUUUUCUUUUAUGUGUAUUGGAUGAUUGUCAUUGGGUAUUGUUCAAUUCAAUGAUAGGGGUAUUAUUUAUCAGGAUUGUGCAUGCUUAUGCUUCGCAACUUAGGGGUUGUGCAUGUUUUGUGCUCUUUCACAUAGCAUGGUAGCAGUUAAGGGGGGAGCGACACCCGAGUGAUCUUUCCACCAAAGAGUUAUCAAAACCAUUUACCUUUGCUUUCUUUCAUUUCAAUUAGCAAACCUUUAAACCAAAUUUUGUUGCUAGAUUAUGAUUUCAACAACUAAAGUAGGGGUAAACGGACCGGCCCGGGUCGAUAUCUAAAUACUUGCCCUAUACUACACCCGAUUAGAGUUUAAAAACUUGGGCUCUAGUUAGGAUUUUAUUGUGGUGUAGCUUCGUGCGAGUCAAGUUUUUGGCGUCGUUGUAGGGGAACACGAUUUGUUAUUCUCAAAAAGUUGUUGGUUGUUAAUCUGGCUUUUAAUUUCCAGUUUACAAGUGUGUGUUCUUGGCUUGUGCUAGACUUGGUGUGUUUUCCGAAUGUGUGUAGGCGGUGCAUGACCCGGAGCAACCCGGCACCUUUGCUACCGCUUGAUGAGGAAAUAAACCGAACUCUCCGACUCCUAGCACGGGAGAGAGAUCUAACGGAGGCAAGGAGAAGAAGUGAAAGAGGGGGACAACGUUUGGGUCUCGGUGUUAGUGGAGAAGUAGUUGAAGAAGUGGAAGUUGAACCCGUCAUUGAAGUGAAAAUGGCGGGAAACCAAAGGCAAGAUGGAGCCGCUCAAGCCCUUCAGUUGAACGAUGCGACAGAGGAAUAGGAUGCCCCGAGGACGAUGGGGUACUAUAUGGCCCGAAGGCCGGCAGACAUUCAAUCGCCAUCCUACAUCCUCCAGUGGCGACAAACAAUUUCGAGAUCAAGCCGGCUCUAGUGACUAUGAUACAAAGUAAUGCCCUAUUACACGGCUUUGAGAGCGAGUCACCAAGAGAACAUGUGCAGAGAUUCUUGGAGCUUGCGGGGAGUUUGAAAAUUAAUGGUGUGUCGGUCGAAGUUUUGCAACUAAGGCUUUUCCCUUACUCACUCUCGGGGAAAGGUACCUCGGUCUAUCAACUCAUGGGACGACCUCCUCAACAAGUUUAUGGCUCGUUAUUGCCCGCCUUCGAAGAUGGCGGAGUGGAGAAAGAAGAUUACACAUUUCUAGCAAGAAGAGGACGAGACCUUGAGGGAUGCUUGGGAGAGGUACUCCGAUUACUUUCUUCAGUGCCCUCACCACGGGUGUGAAGAACAGUUCUGGAUCGAAACCUUCUAUGGAGGCCUAAUGCAAGAAGAUAAAAUCCUCAUUGACUCCUUUUGUCAAGGGAAAUUGAUGAAUAUGGCUCCACCCCAAAUAACCGAGAUACUUGAAGACAUGGCCCUUUGGAGAUACGAUUGGGGGUUGACUAUAAGUGGAAGAAAAAGCAAUGAUAGGGGAGUGAGAAGCAUGGGAGCGAGUGCUCCGCUUGAGGCGAAGUUGGAUAAGUUGCUUGAGGUUAUGCUUGAAGAUAAAAGGCAAGGAAAACGAACGGUAAUGUCGUGCGACUAGUGUUCGAGCACUAGCCACGAGAUGGCAGAGUGCCAAGCAAUGAAGGAGGCAACCACUCUGGAGGAACAAGUCAAAUUCGUGGCAAAUGCUAGGGUCAACAACCCGUAUAGCAAUACUUAUAACCCCGGAUGGAGGAACCACCCCAACUUCUCUUGGUCAUCACCGACUAAUCCGAGGCCUCCGGGUUUUCAAGGCCCCACGGGAAAUUUCCAACCUUGGUCAUUCAACAAAGACCUCAACUCCAAGGCUCAAACUUCCAACAACCGUAUCAAUCACAAGGUGCCCUAGGGUUUCAACAACAACAACCCGACAAGUUAUCAAAGCUUGAGGACCUAGUGCACACCUUUGUGAGUACGAGUAGCCAAAAGGUCGAAAAGAUUGAGCAAUUUAUGGAUGUGGCAACUACCAAGUUUACCUCAGUUGAGGCGGGUCUGCGAAAUCAUCAAGCGGGCCUUCAAAACUUGGAGGUGCAAAUCGGCAACCUUACUGGUAUCCUCACCGAGAGACCCAAGGGAGCUUUACCUUCCCAAACCGUGGUGAACCCCAAGGACCAAGUGAUAGAGAAUGAAGAUUCCAACAAGGAAGAAACCAUCCCGAAGAAGGGAGAAAAGAAGUCCUCGGGAAUAGAGGAAGGCGUCAAGGAAGGCAUUGCCAGAGGAUGGAUACGUGCCACCUCUUCCUUAUCCCACAAGAAUGUACAAGGAGAGGUUAGAGAACGAGUGUGGAGGGUUCAUGGAAAUGCUCCGCAACCUCCACCUCAACAUCCUGUUCCUUGAAGUCAUGGCUCAAAUGCCAAGAUAUGCCAAGUACCUCAAAGGAUUCCUCAUCGAGAAGCCAAGGCUUGAAGGCCUCGCCAACUUAACUCUUGGCGAGGAGUGUUCGGCUUACCUCCUCGACUGCUUGCCCAAAAAGCGGUCCGACCCAGGUAGCUUUACUAACCCUCUUGAUAUUGGUGAUCACCAUAUAGACAAUGCCUUGGUGGACCUAGGAGCUAGUGUGACUGUGAUGCCCUACAAGCUUUUCAAAAAGUUAGAAGUAGGUGAACUUAAGACCUCUAAGCUUAGCAUCUCCUUAGCCAACCGUUCGGUCAUUAGCUCGAGAGGUAUAAUGGAGGACAUGAUGGUGAGAGUGGACAAGUUUUGCUAUCCCACCGAUUUCGUGACUCUCGACAUAAGUGAGGACUCAGAUAUGCCCCUCAUCCUCAGUCGUCCCUUUCUUGCAACCACCAAGGCAUUGAUAGACGUUAAUGAGGGAACCCUAAUUUUGUGGGAUGUUAAGGAGAGAAUCAAGCUUGAAAUUGAUCCUAGGGUUUGGAGUGAUGAAGUGAAGAGAGUGAUUUCAAAUGAUGUGAAUGAGAGUGGAGGAGAGCCUCUCAAGGCAAACCCCACCGUUACUUGUGUUGAUGAUGUUGAGCAGGAAGUUAAGAAGGGUCCUAAGCCCAAAGGAUCGAGGAGGAGUGCUUGGAGAAGAAGGAUGAAGGGAGUUUUAGUCCGGAAGAUGGGGGAGGCCGAAGGAAUGUUAGCCAACCAAGAGGGCCAACUUAAGGAGCCUAAGAUGGGAGGCUACAAGCCUCGGUCCGAGAGUGUGGUGGAUCCGCUCUCGGUGGCAUCAUGUUUGAAGUCGUGAUUGAUCAGUAACUGUCAAGCUAAUUACGAUAAACAAGCGCUUGUUGGGAGGCAACCCAACGGAGGUUUGUUUUCUUUUCCUUAGUUUUCAUUUUAGUGUUUUGUGAAGAGUUCAAGUGGUGAAGUGGUGUCCCCAUGCCGGGUGUUGUGGUUUUGCGGUUUAUGGUUGUGUUAUGAUCAAUUAGGGGGCACGGAGGAAUAGGUUCAGUCAAACUUUUUGCAGAAGUUCCCUGUUUUCACUUGAGUUCACGGACGGAUUUUUGAGUUCACGGUCUUAUAAGACCGUGAACAGGCAAACGCGUCUGUUAACUGGGUACUGAUGCAUGUUCGCCAACUGUCAACCACUCCGUUUUCACGGACGCGUUUGAGAGUCCACGGUUGCUAGGACCGUGAUCUGGGCAAUCCGUCCGUGAACUCUGAGUUGUGCCUAUAAAAGGGGCAUGAACGG